CCAUUUCUUCAAACUUUAGCCGAUCAGUGCCUUCCACAAGAAAAAAAAACAUUACGAGAAUAUAGAAAGGAUCCCUCGUCGGGAUUAACACAUUAAGAAAUCAAGAAAAGAUUUUCUUUUGGAGUUCCCUCCCACCACCACCACCAACCCUCUCCGGCCGGUCGAAUUGUUCCGCUCAGGUUGCUUCUUCUCCGGCGAGACGCUGUCCUCCGGCGAGUGAUCUCCUCCCCACUGGGCUGAGGAGAUCUCUCAGGACCUAGGGACUGGGGCUUGCAUGAUGGGGCUUUCGCUUAGGCCGAUGAAGAUCUCGACGAGGCUUCUGUGGAGCACCAGCUUCUUCCGCCACAAGCUCGCCGCCAUGAUCGCCUCCUCGUCCUGCUUCUUAUAAGAGCCCUUGCGCCGCAGCAGCUGUACAUAUACGUAUUUUUCGUUUGAUUUCCCCCGAUCGAGAAAAGCAAGUCAACCUUCCUGAAGCUUUCCCUAGCGAUGGAGCCCGGCCGGCUCAUCUUCAACACGUCGGGCUCCGGCGCCGGACAGAUGCUCUUCAUGGACUGUGGCCCGGGCGCCGUCGGCGCCGGCGCCGCCUCCAUGUUCCAUCGAGGUGGGAUGCCGUUGCUCGGCGGCAUGGACGAAGGGCGCGGCGUUAAGCGGCCCUUCUUCACCUCGCCCGAUGACAUGCUCGAGGAGGAGUACUACGACGAGCAGCUCCCGGAGAAGAAGCGACGCCUCACCCCGGAGCAGGUGCAUCUGCUUGAGAGGAGCUUCGAGGAGGAGAACAAGCUGGAGCCGGAGAGGAAGACGGAGCUAGCGCGCAAGCUUGGGCUGCAGCCACGGCAGGUGGCCGUCUGGUUCCAGAACCGCCGGGCCCGGUGGAAGACAAAGACGCUGGAGCGCGACUUCGACCGCCUCAAGGCUUCCUUCGACGCCCUCCGCGCCGACCACGACGCCCUCCUCCAGGACAACCACCGACUCCGGUCACAGGUGGUAACGUUGACCGAGAAAAUGCAAGACAAGGAGGGGCCGGAUGGCAGCUUCGGUGCAGCCGUCGACGCCUCGCAGUCGGAGCUCCCUGCGGUGGAAGCGGAGGCUGCCGUGUCCGGCGCCGCCGAGGAGCAAGCCGCGGCGGAGUCUCUCGAGAUGCAGCAGCAGCAGCAGCUGCACGUGAAGGCGGAGGAGAGGCUGAGCCCUGGGAGCGGCGGGAGCGCGGUGCUGGACGCGAGGGACGCGCUGCUCGGGUGUGGCGGCGUGGUCGACAGCAGCGUGGAGUCGUACUACUUCCCGGGAGGCGGCGGCACGUGCGCCGACGAGUACCACGACUGCGUGAUGGGCCCCGUCACGGGCGGGAUCCAGUCGGAGGAGGACGAAGGCGCGGGCAGCGACGAGGGCUGCAGCUACUACGCAGACGACCCAGCCGCCGUCUUCUUCGCCGCCGCCGGGCACGGGCACAACAACCACCACCACCACGCGGACGACGUCGACGAUCAGGACGACGGCCAGAUCAGCUGGUGGAUGUGGAACUAGGCUCGCGCGCGCGCUCCGUGAAAUGGAUCGAUCCAAUCUCGUAUCAUCAUCAUCAGUAAAAAAAUAGGAAAUCUUGGAUUUUGUUUUC